UCGGCUAUUACUUCAACGUUCGUAGAUGCUGUACCCAUACCAGUUCCAAGGUCUCGGUAUGUGGAGCGAAAGGAGAAGGGGAGGAUACGGAAGCGGAGGAGAAGGAAACUUCAGCGUUUGAAAAGAAGAAAGAAGCUACGACAUGGCCCACUUCAGCAGCUGACUGACCUCCCACAUCAACAAGACGAGCAUCCACAUCCCCAGCCUGCCCCAUCCCCAUCAGAAGCGGAUCGUCCCUCUCCAGAGCCUCCGGACUCGUUACCUACCUUACGAGAUAAUCCCCUUCCAGAACCUCCAAGGCCUCGGCUACGACAUGGCCCACUUCAGCAGCUGACUGACCUCCCACAGCAACAAGAUGACCAUCCCCAGCCUGCCCCAUCCCCAACAUUACCGGAUCGUCCUUCUCAAAAACCUCCGGACCCGUUACCAACCGUAGAAGAUGGCCCCUCUCCAAAGCCUCCGGACCGGCUACCAAUGGCGGAAGAUCGUCCCCCUCCAGAGCCUCCUGACCCGCUACUGACUGUAGAAGAUCGUCCUCCAAAACCUGCGGACCUGCUACCAACCGUAGAUGAUGGCCCCUCUCCAAAGCCUCCGGACCGGCUACCAAUGGCGGAAGAUCGUCCCCCUCCAGAGCCUCCUGACCCGCUACUGACUGUAGAAGAUCGUCCUCCAAAACAUGCGGACCUGCUACCAACCGUAGAAGAUGGCCCCUCUCCAGAGCCUCCGGACCGGCUACCAAUGGCGGAAGAUCGUCCCCCUCCAGAGCCUCCUGACCCGCUACUGACUGUAGAAGAUCGUCCUCCAAAACCUGCGGACCUGCUACCAACCGUAGAAGGCCCCUCUCCAGAGCCUCCGGACCGGCUACCAAUGGCGGAAGAUCGUCCCCCUCCAGCUCCUCCUGACCCACUACUGACUGUAGAAGAUCGUUCUCCAAUACCUGCAGACCUGCUACCAACCGUAGAAGAUUUUCAUGACCCCACAUUGAUGCACAGUAAGAAUACAAAUGUUUCGCUGGGAUGAGUAAAAAUCCACCCUGCCACAAAUCGGUUUGUGGGCCGUGUGCAAUUUGUAAGCGUGGAGGAAAUUUGAAAUAUUUUCAUCUCUGUACAAUUAAAUUAGCUUCCCUUAUAGAGUUUAUUAAGAGUGAAAAUCCUCAUGUAAGCCAGGAAAGUUGUAUUUGCCGUGCAUGUCGUUCACGGGCUUGUAGAAAGAUAAAAGAUUCUGCUUACACCCCUGAAAAAACUCGCAAAAAAGAUUGGUCUCAUUGUUUUUUAUCUCACUUUCUCAUGUGCGACCUAGUUGCUGAGGUCAACACAUGCUGUACCUUGGAUGAUUUUAAUAAUACAUUUUCUUUGCAGUGUGAGUCUAUUCCCAACAGCAUAUCUCUAUGUAGGAAACAUAGAACCCAAGUUUCAAAUUUUCAUAUGAGGAAGAACACUUUGAGAUGUUUUAUUUGUAAAUCUGUAAUAAGAAGUGAGGACAGGAUAUAUUGUUCAACAGUUCUGUCAGAAACAGCUGUCAUUAGGUUAAAGGAAAUUGAUACAACAUUUUCUGUCAGUAAUGAUGUUCAUUUAUGUGCAGGAUGCUAUCGAUAUUCAAUGAGAAGUAUAUCAAAAAUACCAACACUGGAUGAAUUGGAAGCUGAAAUUAUCAAGCAAAAUCAAAGUAUUGGAGAAAUUCAGACUCCAAAAGAUGCUUGCGAUAAAGCACUGGUGUCUACCUUACAAAUUCUUUUGAUGAUAUGUAGAAAAGAGCAUGGUUUUUUGAUGCCAAGGGCAUAUGAACUUUAUCUGCAGACCCUUAAAAAAGUUUGUGCUGACACAGUGCAGUAUGAGUUUGCAAAACGAUCAAAAACUUGGUUAAAAGUUAAGAUUAUGGAUCAGAUUGGAGAUAAACUGCUUGUCAGCAAGGCUUCAUUAAAAAAAGGAGACUUUUUGUAUGUAAAAGAUCUUACUAAUUCAUGAAGCACUUCCAUCACUUUGGCAGUGCUUUCUAAUAAAUGCACAAAUUGGGUAGUUUCCUUCUUUAAAGAUUAUUCUGUGCAUAUUAUGAGUCCCUUAUUGUUCCUAAGCUAACAACUGAUCCAUUAUAUUAUGUUGAUUUGCAUGGUGGGAGGUAAUGGAUGCCUAUUUUCUCACGAAAUGAGUGAACUAUAACGAAAUUGCCUGAACGCGCGUGUACAAAUAAUGUAUUACAAGACGCCAUACAUAAAGCUCUUGUAUAAAAUUCCUCCACACACAAAAAAAGAUAACAAUAAUAAGCAUUAUUUUGUUGACAAUACAGGACCAGUCAACCAGUCGAUCUUACAAACACGGAGCAUGGCUAGUCUGCAGGCACAGACCCUAAUCUGACACUUAAUCAAACAAUUCGUCCUUCUUUUCACGAAGUGACGGUAGCGAGGAAAAUCGUAACGCAAAGUGAAUGC